AUGCAAGGCACUCAAAGACCAGAGCACCGGCCAGACAUUAUCGUCUGUGUUUUCAAAAUGAAAUUAACAUCACUUUUGGAUGAUAUCUUGAAACACCAAAUCUUUGGCCAGGUCAUUGCAUACAUCUACGUCAUCGAGUUCCAAAAACGAGGUCUGCCGCAGGCUCACAUCCUGCUUACCUUAGAUACAAAAAACAAAAUCAGAACCAAAGAUGAUAUAGACAGAUAUGUGCAUGCAGAGAUACCCUCCAAAAAUGUCAGCCCAAAACUCUACAAAAUUGUAACAAAGCACGUGAUUCAUGGACCUUGCGGCACACUAAAUCCACACGCACCAUGCAUGAAAAAUGGCACAUGCUCCAAGAACUUUCCCAAGGACCUUCGGAACACCACAGAGGGAUACCCUCUCUACAGAAGACAAACAUCAGCCCCAAUCAGGCUUGGGAAAUAUGAUGUUGAUAAUCGCUGGGUGGUCCCAUAUAAUCCCUGGAUCUUGAAAAAAUAUAACGCACAUAUCAACGUAGAAGUUUGUGCCUCUGUGAAGAGUGUCAAGUACCUUUACAAGUAUGUGUACAAAGGGCAUGAUGCCGCAUCAAUCAAGCUACAGCAAGAAAAUCAAACUGGCAUCCUUGAACAUGAUGAAAUAACAACAUUUCUGGACGGAAGAUAUGUUAGCGCCCCAGAGGCAAUGUGGCGAAUCAAUGAGUUUACACUAACAGAGAAGUCACACACCAUAAUCCGCUUACCAGUUCAUUUGCCAGAACACCAGCAAUUGGUGACAGCGCGAGGGGAAGGAGUUAUUGGAAGAAUGCCAGUAGUAAGCAUUAAAGAUUCAGAACGGUACUAUCUGUGCAUGCUACUCACCCGAACCAAACGUAGCACUGGAUUUGACAGUUUGAGAACUGUCCAUGGGGUACUCUAUGACAGUUACCUAGAAACCUGCAGAGCACACGGACUUCUAGAAGGAGAUAAAAACUGGCAUGAAACACUGACUGAGGCAGAACAGAGUCAGAUGCCACAUUCUCUUAGAAUGCUCUUUGCUAUAAUCUGUGCAUUUGGAGAAGCAGAAGAUGUGGCUGAACUUUGGAACCAACACAAACAUGCCAUGUGUGAAGAUUUAGUACAUAAAUAUUCAGAGGCCACUGGCCCACAAUAUGCACUUGCUGAAAUUGAAACACAGCUAAAAACUUAUGGCAUGACUUUGAACAUGAAUUUGCCAGUUCUGUAUCUACCAGAUGCUAUUCUAAAACAGGACACCUUAGACAUACUGGGAGAACAAAAACAGGCCAAAAUACAUACCAGCAAGCUAAACCUAGAACAACAAAGAGCAGUCACCACAGUACUACAAGCAAUAUAUGACACUCCAAAUGACAAGCCACACUGCUUUUUCCUAGAUGGACCUGCAGGAACAGGGAAAACAUUUGUCUAUACAACACUCAUACACACUAUCCAAGGCAAAGGAGACCAGGCUACAGCAGUUGCUUCAACGGGAAUAGCAGCUACACUAUUACCAGGAGGUAGAACAGCACACUCAGUAUUCAAGAUUCCACUGAUCCUGGAUGCAAGCUCAACCUGCGAUAUAAAGCCAAACACAAUUGCAGCAAAACACCUCAUAGACACAAAAUUGAUAGUCUGGGAUGAAACACCAAUGACACAUACACAUGCCUUCCUGGCUGUAGACAGACUCCUCAAAGACCUCACAAAAUCCACACAACCAUUUGGAGGCAAAACCAUCUUGCUUGGGGGUGAUUUCCGACAAAUCCUCCCUGUCAUCAUUAGAGGUUCAAGAUCCUUAACCGUAGCCAGCUGCUUAAAAAAACACCACCUCUGGAAACACAUUCAUGUAAUCAAACUCAACAAAAACAUGUGUGCUCUGCACAAUGAAAAAGACUUUGCAACAUGGCUCUUAGCAGUAGGCGACAGAAGGAACGGAGAGACAACACAGUUACCAAAAAGCUGCUACCCAGAGAUACAGGACCCAGUGGAACAAUUAUAUGGUGAUAUUGAUUUUGCCACAGUCACACCACAACAACUAAAAGGAAGAGUAAUACUGACUGUGACAAACCACAUGUCCCUAGAACUCAAUAACCGUGUCCUCGAACGUAUGCCAGGAGAGGAAGUCAUAUAUGCAAGUAUAGACACCAUCGAAAGUGAGCAAGAAGAAGAUCGCCUGGCAUACCCAGAGGAAUUCUUAAACAGCCUUACACCAACAGGCAUGCCACCACACCAACUGCGUCUUAAACCAGGAGCAAUCAACAUGCCGCUGAAGAACUUAGCUCCCACAAGAAGACUGUGCAAUGGAACACGUCUCACAGUCAUAUGCCUUCAACCCAACAUUAUUGAAACAAAAGCCAUAACACACUCUGAAAACAAUGAGAUUGCUCUCAUCCCAAGGAUUCCAAUAAUACCCUCUGACACAAAUAUGACAUUCAAAUUCAAAAGAAGGCAGUUCCCAGUAAGAUUGUCCUUUGCAAUGACCAUCAACAAGUCACAAGGACAAACCUUUGACAGAAUAUGCCUUUACCUAAAAGAUCCAGUAUUCAGUCAUGGACAAUUAUAUGUUGCCCUAUCUCGAGUCAGAUCAUUCGACUCAUUAACCGUCGUGUCAGCACAACAGGACAUCCCAAACUGCGUCUACACAGAAAUAUUUGACAAUAACCAAAAAGAAACAGACAAAGAAACACAGAACAGCAGAACAACAAAACACGCUAACAGCUUUGGACCAGGAACAAAAAAAUAA